GUGGAGCUUUGUACCAGCCCGUGACGAUGGUGACGUCGCAGGGCCAGGUCCUCGCCCAAGCCAUCGCCCCCGGCGCCCUGCCCAUCCCCAACGCCCAGGUUAACCUGGAUCUCACCUCCCUCCUCGACGGCGAGGACAAGAAGUCCAAGAACAAGCGGGGUGUCCUGCCCAAACACGCCACCAACAUCAUGCGCUCAUGGCUCUUCCAGCAUCUCAUGCACCCCUACCCCACGGAGGACGAGAAGAGACAAAUCGCUGCCCAAACCAACCUCACCCUCUUGCAAGUCAACAACUGGUUCAUCAACGCCCGGCGGCGCACCCAGCAGAUACACGACACCAGCAACCCCGCCCCGGCCCCCAAAGCCAAGAAGAUCAAAUCUCAGCACCGGCCCACCCAACGUUUUUGGCCCAACUCCAUCGCUGCGGGGGUCCUGCAGCAGCAGGGCGGCAACUCGGGGACAAAUCCUGACGGCUCGCUCAGCAUGGACAACCUGCAACCCCUCUCGUCGGCCACGGCCACCAUGGCCAUGCAGCAGGCCAUGCUGGCCGCCCACGACGACUCCCUCGACGGCACCGAGGAAGAGGAGGAGGAGGAGGAGGAGGACGAGGAGGAGAUGGAGGAGGAGGAGGAAGAGGAGGACGAGCUGGAGGAAGAGCCCGGCGGGGCGCCCACCGCUGACCUCGGCUUGGACCACAGUGACUCGCUGGAGUAG